AUGGCAAUGGCCGUCGACUCCCGCCAGCAGCACCAUCAGUUCAGCAACAUGGGCUACGACGCUAUGAGAUAUCCCCAGGCACCGCAGUUCACGAACCCUUGGGUGUCUGCACCUCCCACCACGCAUGGGCAGAUGUACGCGACCUCAAUGCCACAGACCACUGUGGGCGGCGACGCGCGAUACGUCCAGGCACCCAACGUUUCGGCUGCGUAUGCUGGCGGUCAACACAUCUCCGCUCCUGCCAUGGCUUCAGGUAUUAUUCCAGUGGACCCAGAGCUCUUCCAGCAGAAUAGCUUACAGUACGAUCAAGAUGGAAUGAACGCUCCCAGGCCUUACGGUGCUCCAUACACAUCGGGUCCACCUCACCAAUCAUACGCGCCUACUUCAGCACCUCAAUAUGCUGCUGCGUACUCUCAAUACGACAGGCGCUCGUCGCACCCGUCAGUACCCUCAACCUUGUUCAUGGGCGAUCCCAUUGAGGUCCAGAAAUUCCGCCAAAGCUCAUUGAUUGACAUCAACAACAGAAUGAACAAUGCUUCAGAAGCCGAGCGCCAAAGCUUCAGCGAUGCUCUCGACGCCAGCCGUGGCAUGGUCGCCAUGAGCCAGUCAGACAUCACCCCGAGGAACAUCUAUGGUGGUGCGAAUUCAGGACGAAGCUCCACCGAUUCAUAUGGAUUCCCAUCCGCACAUUCGUCGCAUUCCUCGAUCUCAUCAGCGAGCACCUACCCGACGUCGUACUACAGCUCCGUCAGUGAAGCAUCGGUUGGCGACUACAGCUCUGCCAGCGAAUCUGUCGACAUGCCAUCGCGAACGCUCCCCCGCCCGAACGGUCUCAUUGGAGGCGCGCUCCCACCCGCACCACAAUCGAUGAUGGGACAAUUCAGCUCCAAAGUCUCCUCGAGCUCGCAAAAGAAGCACAAGUGCAAGAUUUGUGACAAGCGAUUCACGCGACCAAGCUCGCUCCAAACACAUAUGUACAGCCACACCGGCGAGAAGCCAUUUGCCUGUGAUGUUGAAGGCUGUGGCCGCCAUUUCUCCGUCGUCUCGAAUCUGCGAAGACAUCGCAAGGUCCACAAGGGCGAGGGCCAAGACCACCCAUCUCCUGACGAUGACGAGGAGUAA